AUGGCAUUCAGAUAUAUUGAGAAAGUACUUGGAUUGGCUACAGCUAUAAUUUCAGAUCAAUCAACAGCAUUUUCUAUAGCACUGCUACGGUCAAUUCUCAGUAAAUCUAUACUAUUACCAUUCUAUCUCUGCUGGGUACGGUUAAGAAUGGAAUUAAUUACCAUUCUGAUUUGGUUUUUUCUUUGCUGUAUUCCAUUUGUCAUCUCUAGUUUAUAUAUUUUGUCAUGGCUGACUCCUUGGCCGAAAAGAACGCAUAAAGAAUUUCUGGAACCAAAGUAUCUCUAUAAUCCAUCCAACAGUUGUAGUGAAUCAAAGCAGUUUAAAUCAUUGUUAGUAUUAGAUGAAUCUUCUGGAAGAUUUUAUUGUAGAGAACCAGACUUAUAUCUGUCUGUUAUCAUUCCUGCUAUGAAUGAACAGGAAAGGUUGCCAGUUAUGCUAGAUGAAUGUCUACCAUACCUGGAAGAUCGUCAAGCCAAAAAUAAUUUCUUUACUUAUGAAGUCAUUAUAGUGGAUGAUGGGAGUACGGAUGGUACUGCUAAUAUAGGUUGUAAAUAUGGACAACAGUAUGGUGAAAAAAUUAAAGUAUUAAAGCUUGAAAAAAAUUUAGGAAAAGGUGGAGCGGUUCGUAUGGGUGUGCUAUGUGCUCGUGGUUCGUUAAUACUGUUCGCAGAUGCAGAUGGGGCCACGAACUUUGCAGAUUUUCAACUUUUGGAAAAUGAGUUAUUAAUUAUAACAGCUUUUGAUGGUGACAUCUCAGACAGAAAAAACUUCAAUUGGGAAUUUCCAGCAAUAGCUGUUGGUUCAAGAGCACAUAUGGAGAAAGAAAGUAUUGCUAAACGUUCUUUAGUUCGAACUCUUUUGAUGAUAGGUUUUCAUAUUAUCGUAUAUAUUUUCACAGUGAGGACAAUUCAUGACACUCAGUGUGGAUACAAAUUAUUCACGCGGGGAGCUGUUGCAAAGCUGUUUCCACUACUGCACAUCGAACGCUGGGCUUUUGAUGUGGAGCUUUUGUUCCUUGCGGAAUAUUUCGACAUUCCAGUUCGUGAAAUUCCAGUAAGGUGGCAUGAAGUUGAUGGAUCUAAAAUAGUACCUAUACUAUCAUGGGUUGAGAUGGGUCGAGAUUUAAUACUUAUUUGGUUUCGAUAUAAAAUUGGUAUUUGGAACUAUGAUUCAAUUUUGAAUCCAGGAUCUCGACGUAAAGUGGACCAGGAUGCGAGGAAUAAACUCUUAAUUGAGUCAGAAAGGGUACUUAACACGUAUGAUGCUAAUAGUGAUAUUGGCGAUUAUAUCGACAGCACAUGGGACAUUCAGACUUAUCUUUCAAACAUCAAAUUAAUGAUCAUAAAUGAGAGUGUGGAUGGUAUGUCACUGGAAUUUGAUUUAGUUGGAGUGGAAGCGCCGAUAGCAAAUGCUAUUAGAAGAAUACUUAUUGCAGAAAUUCCAACAAUGGCUAUCGAGAAAGUGUAUCUUUACCAGAAUACGUCAGUUCUACCGGAUGAGGUUCUGUGCCAUCGUCUAGGGCUGCUUCCAAUCAAAGCAGACCCUCGGCAUUUUAAAAUGCCUCUCACACGAGUUAUCGGAAUUAACGAAUUUGGAGUUGAUUGUGAUGAGGAACCAACUGGUGAUCAAGAAAGAAACCUUAUUUUCCAAAUCAAAGUGUCUUGCACUCGAAAUCGCAAUGCUUCAAAGACUGCUACAAAUCCGAAAGAAAUUUACAAGAAUGCGUUUGUCUAUUCAGAUGCAUUCAAAUGGAUACCAAUUGGUAAUCAGGCAUCUUUAUGGUCGCAUCCACCAGCUAUGGUUCACGAUGAUAUUCUGAUUACGCAGUUACGACCAGGACAAGAAAUAGAAGCGAGAUGUCACUGUGUAAAAGGAAUAGGACGAGAUCAUGCAAAAUUCUCUCCAGUUGCAACCGCUUCAUAUCGUUUGCUACCACAGAUAUCACUGACGAAAGAUUUCACGGGUGAAGAUGCUCAAAAAAUCAAGGAUUCAUUUUCGGAUGGAGUCAUUGGAAUCAAUAAGGAUGGAAUUGCAUAUGUAAAAGAUGCAAGGUACGAUACUUGCAGCCGAAACAUUUUACGACAUGAAGAUCUUGCAGAGCACAUUGAACUAUCGAAAAUUAAAAACCAUUUCAUUUUUAGCGUUGAAAGUACCGGGGCACUCAAAAGUGCUGAAUUGGUUGCUGAAGCUUGUAAAGUUAUGGAAUCAAAAUGCAAAACGAUAAAGUUUCUCUUUAAAAAAAAGUUGAAUGAACUACUCUCAGUUUCUAAAUAA